AUACAGAAAUCCUUACCGGAAGCGAUCUCACACCGCUGCUAGUUUCAGCAGAGUCUGUCGUACUAGACAAUCUGCCAAAACUGUCUGGUUUCACACGGCUAUGUGGAGAGAAUUUUUUUGUCUCUGGGUUGUUUACAACAGACAAUCAUCUGGAAAUACUACAAACGUAUAUUUGCAAGCAGGUCCCCUUCACCUGUGCUCUUGAGGUCUUCCAUCAUGGGAGCUGAACAAAGUGGCGAUUCCGAGCAUAAACACUCCGACCUUAAACACUCCGACCUAGCGGUAUCUUCUCCUGCAAAGCAAAGAGCCAAAAUGGAUGACAUUGUCGUAGUUGCCCAAGGAACACAAACAAUACGCAACAUUCACAAUGAUCCCGAUGUUAUCAAACUCCAAGAAAUCCCAACUUUCCAGCCACUUCUGAAAGGUGUGUUGAGUGGCCAGACCACUCCCAGUAGUGUGUGUGUGGAGAAACUGGACCCUGUGAACGUGCUGCAGCUCUGCGUGCGCUACCAGGGCCACCUGCACCAGUGUGCAGAGGCCGUGGCCUUCGACCAGAACGCUCUCGUCAAAAGAAUCAAAGAGAUGGAUCUGUCUGUGGAGGCCUUGUUCAGCAUCAUGCAGGAGCGGCAGAAGCGCUACGCUAAGUACGCGGAACAGAUCCAGAAGGUGAACGAGAUGUCCAUGAUCCUGCGGCGCAUCCAGAUGGGCAUCGACCAGACCGUGCCCCUGAUGGAGCGGCUCAACAACCUGCUCCCUGAGACCGAACGACUCGAGCCCUUCAGCAUGAAGCAACAACUCACGGGGACCAAGCAGUGACAACGCUCCUGAAGCAGCGAGGCGGCACCUCGGAGGGGAGCAGAAGACUGGAGUUAUGAAGACCUCUGCCAGUUGUCACUCUUCCUCAAAUGAAUUGGACACAUCUGGGGAAACAAACAC